AAAUAGAUUGCUGCCUCCCCAGGCAAGGAGAAAAUUUCGCAAUCCGACUACUCGCUUUUGAUCAUUAGGUUUGGAAGUAGGAGGUAUUCUUGGACGAAAUAGACAUGGAUACAAGUUACUGGCAUGAAUAAUGCAAGUCCUACCAAUCUAAGGGAGUCUCGUUUCUGCUUAACUUCGCUGGAGGAAAUCCCCGCCGAAACGAAAGAGAAAAUAUUUUACCUGGAUGUCAAAGUGUGUGAAUCGUGACCCGGGAUCAAUAUACUCGCAAAUUGGAGCAGUGAGCAUCGUGUAUACCUGAAAAGGGACGAAGUUAGUUAGGUUCCGCGAGGCCACUUGCAGGUACAACAUCCAGACCCACGGGCAGAAUGAAGCACUCCUGGAGAAGAGUCUUCGUUGCUCUUUGCCAGGUCUGUUCCUGAUAAACCGGUAAUCGCACGUCAGCGGAACAUAACGGUGCCUGGGAAUUCCUUGCGAGUUAAAGCAGAAGGCUGCGAGGCGUCAAAGGUGCAAGGCCACGAAGUACUGUCAACCCACUAAUCAAUGGCAGUAUAUCGAUGCCACUCUCUUUGCAUUUCGAGAGAACGGAUACUAGGGACAGCUGCUUAGGGGGGAUCUGCUGUUGCACUUCUUCAUGAAGAGGAUCACGCACGGCGAUCUGGAUAAAUUGAAGAGAGCAUGGGCAAUAGAGCGCUGCACAUAUCCGGACGUAGAUCUUCGUGAACAAGUAUGUUUAAUCGUGGCAAUUACAAGGAGCCAAUGUUCUGCAAGGUGUCUCAACCAAGUAUUGGAACACACAAAAGACAGGGCUUCGGUUUCCUUGAGCUAGCUUCCAGAUGUGCGAGUGAUAUGAAUAGGAUGGACAAGAAGAUGAAACAUAUUCCGCGAGGAAUAGUGAAGACCCGUUCGUCCCUACUGUUAACAUGUGCCUUUGCGAUGAUAUCACAAUUUUUGUUGUCCGAGAGGAGAAUAACAAAGGCGGGCAAUUUCACCAUUAAAUCGAGUUCAUCAGCUUUCGCACGGCACUGUACUCUGUAUAGGGGCUGAAGUGACUUUUUCCUUGAGGUUUAUGGUUGCAUUGUUGUCCUUCCUAUUGUCCCUCUAAUUUCUUUUCCACAAUCGCCUUAUAUUUCAAACCAUCAGAGUGACUGCUUUGAAUCCCGUGGAUAAGAAACAGUAUGAUAAACUUCAUGUUUUACUUGAGAUUGAUAU